GGGGGCGUGAGGAGCUUUAAAUUCCAAACGUGGCAUGGAGAGUUCCAACACACAGCUCCAGAAGCACUGACAAUCCUGAGAUCAGUUCAGAAAAACAGUUUGCACAAUGUUCGCCCUUGUGGUAUUGUUGGCUUUGGCAUGCCUCAGCCAGGAAGCCUGGUCCUGUUCAUGUGGCAUCAGACACCCCCAGUCUGUGUACUGUGACUCUGCUAUCGUGAUCCGGGCAAAGUUUGUUGGGCAGAAAGUCAGUGAAAAGAACAAUCACAGAAUUGAGUAUCAGAUCAAGGCUACAAAGGUUUUUAAGGCUCCUACAGGGUAUGAGGACAUCCAGUACCUGUACACGGCCAUCUCUGAGAGCUUGUGCGGCUAUCAGCACACUUCAACUAACAAGAGUAAAGAAUUCAUCAUUGCUGGACAUAUUGUGGAUAGCGAUGUGUUCAUUAACUCUUGCAGCUUCAUAGCACCAUGGGCUUCCCUGACUUACUGCCAGAAAAGGGGCUUCACGCAGGUAUAUGCCAAGAACUGCGACUGCAAGGUCAAACAGUGCUACACAGUGCCAUGUGAGCUAGAUGAUGACCGCCAGUGUCUUUGGACUGACCACCUGAGCAAGCAGAAGAGCGCCUACUCCGGCCACCAGGCUGCCAACUCGGCCUGCGUCAGCAACGGCAACAGCCUGUGCAUUUGGGACUCACUUAAGUCCCGCAUCUACUCCCCAGUCACCAAAUCUGCUACCAAUAAGGUCUGAGGUGACCUCAGCACACACACUUUGCCACUCAAGGUCCUUGCUAAGGCGCUGUCACCGGACAUGAGGUCUCUGCGGUUCACUGGACACAUUUAUCAGCAGGGGGCACCUCUGGAGGAAUAGAAGGAUCGAUUUAAAAACCAUCAAUUUUGUGUUUUCUGCUAAGAAUGUGCUUCAAUCACGAGCUAAUUUUGUAUGCACUGUUAGAUCCAGGGGCAGUGUUUUUAGAUGUGCUAUAAAUGCUUUUUAUAUGUAAGGAAUUUUUGUUUAAAUAAAUAUUUUUUAGAUUUGG